UUGUGCUUAAUUUAUAGUUUUGCAAGAAUAAGAACAUUUGAUAUCAUCUAUUUAAAUGUGUUUAGAUCAUCAAAGGAUUUUCGGUCCUUCCUAACUGUCACUGUACAAGGACGUACUUCUUUUUACCUACAGCCGAUAACACCAGUAAGCAAAGAACGCAGAUACACCUUAAUGUUAAUCCUUACUCUUAGUCAUUAUACGAAGCCGUCAAAAACAUCAGAAGAAAGAAAGGUACCCGUAGCACUGAUUCAUCAAGGCGUCAAUGAAGUUGACAUAACACCAGACUGUAUUGAUAAAACUUUUCAGGACUUUAAAGAAUUCUGGGGUUUAUGGCAGAUUGAGGUGGAAGAUGUCUUUCCUGAACAUUAUAUAAGACCUUCACCUGCACUCUUCUGCCUAAACCCUGAGGAUUCCAAAAGACUUGCAAAGAAUUUCUUUGACUCAAAUGUACCACAAUGGGACCGACAAUGUGUUCUUUUGGUGCUUUGCCUUGGUACUACCUCUCACGAUGCACUUGAGCAUUUGCAGGCGUGUAGUGUGGACUUGGACGUAAACAUUAGGCCAGAAGUUGCUCUUCUCAGCAACAUGGGCCUCGAAGAUCGAAUCAAAACGGCUCUUAAAGGUGUCAAAGGCCAGUUUUUUUGUCAAUCGUCGGCUGGAGAAGCUCUUAGUUUUAGCGGACAUAAACUCUCGAUGGAGGUGAUGGCAGAGGAAUCAACCUACGCUAGGAACCACCUUGAAAGUAGUCUCUGUCUCUCAGCUGCCCAAGCCUACCAUGGGAGUUUGUCGAUUGAUUCACUUCUGUCUCGAUGCGGCAUCCCCUUUUCGUACACUGAUGAUCGGAAGCAUUUAAUAAAGCAGAAAUUACGUGUUACCAAAAGAUUUUUGACUUGUUGUUCGAACUCAAACUCUAAAUCUAGCUCAGGCAGCCUAGAUGAAAAGAGGUUCAAAGAUGCAAACCUUGACGAAAGAGGGCUGUCAAAUAGCCUUCAAAUGACGAUUCUUUGCGGGAUUCAUGGAAGUCACAUGGCAGAUGUGGCUGGCUGCAUUGUAAGCGCUGCCACAACAAACAUCGUCUGGUCGGUUCUUCACCCAAAAUCCCUUACAGAGGUGUCUGAACUCCUUAUUUCAAGCCUUAGAGACAAGAAACAGCGGGAAGAAAGUGGGGAGACUAGACUCUUCCGCUGUCUCCUCGUUGCUCCCCUAUGGAUCUCUGUGCCAGAGAUUCUAACUCAUCUUGAAUUCCACCUCAGGCCUACCUGUGAUGACCCUAAAGCGGCGUCCAUUUGUAUCACUUCUACAAUCACUUGUGUUGAUUUGAGGAUGUGCCUUAUGGGAUCCGAUGGCCUUUUUAGUCUAAUUUUGCCCGGAUUGUGUCCGCUUUUUGACCGAGGAUGGGUAAACAUGAUUAUCUAUACAAAUCCUACAAAGUUUGGUCAAAUUUGGACAACUCACCUUUAUUCAUUGCUUUGUAGUCACUGUUCCUCUCUCGGAGUAUAUCGCCUUGAGACGAUCAGUGUACGAUUCAAACUUCCAUUGGAUAAAAAUAAGUGGGUUAGCGCACUAAAAGGCCUGCGUUCAAAUUUGAGUCCAUUCUCUGAGGGACCAAUUGUUGUCUAUGUUGAGGCCAGCCUUGCAUUCGAUGAAGAUCCAAAAAGCAUCAUCAGUUGCCGCUACUGGCCGCAGAUUGACUUUUUAAAGGAGACGAAGGAUGCCUUUAAGGUGGAGUCCGGAGAUACUGCAUCCAAAACUGUUGCGCUUUACUCUCUGAUCGCUCAUUUUUUCAUCACUCGAAGGAACGUAGUCAUGCGAUCCAUCUAUGAUGGUGACUGUAAAGAAAAACUUAGGAACUGGCUCAAAGCCUGGCUUCGAGAAUGUCUGCGAGAGGCUGAAAAGCUGAGACCUCUCAUCGAAAAGGAGAAAUUGACGAAUGAUGAACUGGACGAAAUUCAGGAAUGCCACUUUCCUUUUAUUUCUAUACGACUCUGA